AUGUUCAAGCGACUCUUUUCCGGUACCGUGCGUGUUUCGAGCUCGUACGACGCCUCGUUCCAGGCACUGACCUCGGCAAAGGGCCUGCCCGGCGCCGUGGGAAACACCCCGCUCAUCAGACUCAACCGUCUCAGCGACGAAAUUGGCCGCAACGUCUAUGGAAAGGCCGAGUGGAUGAACCCUGGCGGGUCCGUCAAAGACAGAGCCGCUCUGUUCUUCAUCGAGGAGGCAGAGAGAAAGGGACUCAUCAAGCCUGGCGGAACCAUCGUUGAAGGAACAGCAGGAAACACGGGGAUUGGUCUUGCACACGUUGCCCGUGCCAAGGGCUACAACGUGGUGAUCUAUAUGCCCAACACCCAGGCACCAUCCAAGAUCCAGACGCUUAAGCUGCUCGGUUGCGAGGUGUACCCUGUUCCGGUCGUUGCGUAUGACAAUCCAGAGAACUUCAACCACAAGGCCAGAAGACACGCGGAGUCUUUGGAAAACGCAUACUGGACCAACCAAUUCGACAACCUCGACAACAGACUCGCUCACAUCAAGAUGACAGGACCAGAGAUCUACCAGCAGCUCAACGGCAAGGUCGACGGGUUCACGUGCAGUUUGGGAACCGGCGGAACCUGGUGCGGUACCUCCAGAUACCUCAAGACACAGAACCCGGACACCAAGUGCUAUGUUGCCGAGCCACCGGGAUCGUGCGUGUACUCGUACGUCAAGACAGGCGGUAAGAGUCUCGAGAGAUCAGGCUCCUCGUUCACCGAAGGUAUUGGACAAGGCCGUAUCACCAACAACGUUGCACAGGACAUUGAGCUUGCCGACGACGCUUUCUUGAUCCCUGACGAGGAGUCCAUUGCCAUGCUGUACAGACUGCUCGACGAGGAAGGAAUUUACGUGGGAGGAACCUCGGCCUUGAACGUGGUUGCCGCAGUCAAGGCUGCACAGACAUUGCCCGAGAACUCCAACGUGGUCACCAUUCUGGCAGACUCUGCUCACAAGUACUCCGACAGAAUCUUCAGCAAGUCGUGGUUGGAGUCCAAGGGCCUGUACAGCGCCAUUCCAGAACACUUGAAGAAAUACGCAACGCUUGACUAG